CUCUCAAACCACAAAGAGACACAAAAAAAGUUGAGACAAAAUGAAAAUGGAGAAAGAAGAAGUGAGAAAAGGGCCAUGGAUUGAACAAGAAGAUGUACAGCUUGUAUUCUACGUGAACUUGUUUGGUGAUCGCCGAUGGGAUUUCGUUGCUAAAGUUUCAGGUUUGAAACGAACUGGCAAGAGCUGCAGGCUGCGGUGGGUUAACUACCUUCACCCCGACCUCAAACGAGGCAAGAUGACUCCCAAUGAAGAGCGUCUCGUGGUCGAGCUUCAGUCCAAAUGGGGAAACAGGUGGUCGAAAAUUGCCCAAAAACUGCCUGGGCGCACAGAUAAUGAGAUCAAGAACUACUGGAGGACCCAUAUGAGGAAGAAGGCUCAAGAGAGGAAGAAGAUGAUGAAGAAUAAGAAAGUGUCAUCUUCUCAAUCCUCAUCUUCAACAACUUCUUCAUCUUCAUUUUCCAACUCCUCCUCCACCCCCAACAGCCCUAGGCUGGGGGACUCUGCCUCUGCCCCUGCCCCAGGGAUAGAGGGGGAGAGGAGUUUCUACGACACUGGUGGGGUGGAACUACCUACUCUUGGAGAGAAGAACAAGACUGGUGAUUUGGAGGUGGAAGUAGGGAACAAGGUAUACUCCAUGGAUGAUCUAUGGAAAGAAUUCGAAUUUUCGGAGGAGAACUGCCCACUUACCUCACAAACAGUGGCUUCUCCCAUAUGGGAUUACUGCCCAACUGACUCUUUGUGGUGUAUGAGUGAAGAAGAAAGCAAGAUGUUGAUGAUGCAGCAGCAGCCGCCUGUGGGAGAUCAUCACUUUCAACCUUUCCCUUUUUAUAAUUAUAUGAUUGGCUAACUAGAAAAGUUCAAAUUUUACAUGAAAAAAGAAGAGAGGAGUAUUUUCUAAUACAAGUAAACUAGAUGUCAUAAGGGAAUGGGGGUUGUAAUUAGCUCUCCUUGUAUAUUUGGAUUUAGGGUUCUUUUCUAAUGUGUAUUGUUAGCGUUUCUAUUUCAA